AUGUCAAGUGAGCCAAUUCAAGUUUAUAUACGAUUCCGCCCUUUGAAUUUUCAAGAAAUUACAGAAGGAGAGCUUCCAAUAUGAUACAUGUCAAAAAACACCAUAUCCCUGCUUCGUGAGCACUCAAGCCAGCUAAUUGCAGAAAAACGAAUUUCAAGUACCUUCAAUCCUAAUUAUCAUUAUAGCCACGUUUUCACAGGAGAAGAUGACAAUCGAAAAGUUUAUGAAACCGUAGCUCAAAAAGUAGUCCUCUCAGCUUUAGAAGGAUUUAACGCUACAAUUUUUGCAUAUGGGCAAACAGGGUCUGGAAAAACUUUUACAAUGAUAGGGCAGCAUCUUCAAACUGCAGAAUCCCCAACCUUAUGCACAACUCCACCUUUAAAGCAAAGACCAAGAGCAUCUCGGGCUGGAACUCCAAGCUCAGCCAGAAUUCGUAGCUGCAGCUCAACACCAAGAGGCAAAAGCAUGGCUGCUUUACAAAUCCCGCUAAGACUAGACAAACCUAGAAAGGUACAAACUGAUGGAAAAGGAAUUAUCUCAAUGGCGCUCAAUGAUAUUUUCAAAGCUGCAAACGACUAUAAAGACAAGCAUUUUUUCUUCACAUGCUCCAUGAUGGAAAUAUAUAACGAGCACGUCUACGAUUUAUUAAAAGAAACCGAAGACUUAAAAAAUGAGGUCCUUGCAGUUAGUGAAGGAUCUGAUAAAGAAUUCUACGUGCGAGGACUGAGCGAAAAAGUAGUAACUUCUAUAGAAGAAGUGCUGGAAAAGCUUGGAAAAGGAGAAGAAAACCGACAUUACGCAGCCACAAAUCUAAACCAUCACAGUUCAAGGUCACAUACCAUUUUUAGACUCAAUAUCAGAUCUUUACAAGUGAUUCCAAAAAAGGACUCUGAAACGUUAGAAGGAGACGAAAGCUUUGAAAAUAUAACCACUGAGUCUGUCAUCAAUUUUGUCGAUCUUGCUGGGAGUGAACGCACAAGCAGCGUGAUGGCAAUCGAAGACAAGCAUAACUUCUCUUACUCUUCUACACGGUCUGAGCAAGAUCGCAUUGUAGCUGAAAGUAAAAAUAUCAAUACAAGCUUGUUUUAUUUGUGCCAAGUUAUCACGAAGCUUUCAGAGCUGAAGAUGGGGCUUAUAAAAAAUGAGUCUCAUAUCCCAUAUAGAAAUUCAAACUUGACCAAAAUAUUGAGAUCGUCAUUGGGAGGAAACUCAAGAACUUGUGUGAUUUGUGCAGUAACACCUGCUUUGAGCCAAUUUGAACAAACAUUGAGCACUUUGAGGUUCGGGAACAGUGCAAGAAGUAUCACGAAUAAUGUAAAAGCAAAUGUCAAAAGAGAAACAAAUGCGCAGCUGCUAGUCGGGUAUCAGCAAGAUAUUGCUACUUUGAAAAAGGAGCUUGAAAUGGCAAAAGAACAAGGAUGGGCAAGCUAUGUAGAAAGAAAUCAGGCUAAGCAAGCACUAGAGCAAAAAAUUCAAAAGCUAAAUGAAAUAUUGGCUGUGCCAUAUAAACCAGAGACUUUUCAAAUAGAACAAGAAAUUUACUCCAACUUUUCCACUUUUUGGAACGGCGGGGUAGGGGAUUUAUUUAUAGCGAAUCAGCCUUUUGAUCAAGAAGAUUCAAAAGUCUUGAGUGAGUCUAAACUUAACUUUGAUAAUUCAGGAAAGUUUGCACAAGAAAGGAGAAUGCAGAUUGAUAGAGAGCAAAUUAAUAUAGAAAAAGAAAUAGAAAAAUUAACGGUCGUCGUAAAUUCGUUGAAGGGAAACAAAAAUACACUGGUGACAGAUUUAGAAAAAAAUAGCAAUUUAUAUGAAAAAUCUAAUAAAGAGAAUGCAUUUCUCAGAGAGGACUUAGCCAAGUCCAGACAGACCCUUUCAAAAAUGAAAUAUAUGGCAAAAAUAUACCAGCAAGGGGAAGGGCUUGAUAGUCUUUCAGAAAGCCAGCUUACAGCAUUCGAAAAGACUCUCAUUGAAAGAUUAGAUUCUGUAAAACAAAUAAAAGCUUCACGUCUUUAUGACCAUAAAAUAGAAAAACUCCAAGAAAGUCUAUUGAAAUUCCUACCAGAGUCCAUGGUCCUUGAAAUGUUCUCUGAAAAUGAAAGCAGAGAAAUGACUGAGAAAUUUGAGAGCUUUAUGCACGACAUAAGCAGCCAGCAUGAGUUUAGCUGAAAUCAAGAUAUUUUAAACACGCCCUAA